ACACACAUUUGCACAGAGAGGGUCCCCAGGCCUCCGUGAUGUCGGCCCCUGCCUCCGGGCCCCACCUGCCUCCUUACCUGCUGCUGGCUGUGCUGUUGGGACUCACAGGUGUGGCAGGUGAGGCGGAGCUGCAGGUGAUCCAGCCGGACAAGUCGGUGUCUGUGGCAGCCGGACAGACGGCCACUCUGCACUGCACCGUGACCUCCCUGCACCCCCUUGGGAAGGUGGAGUGGUUCAAGGGGACAGGGCCAGGCCGGGAGUUAAUCUUCAGCUUCAGAGGAGGAGACCACCCCCCCCAGUCGCCUCGAGUAACAAAGGUUGCAGACGUAACAAAAAGAAACAACACGGACUUUUCCAUCCGCAUCAGUAACAUCACCCCAGCAGAUGCUGGUACCUACUACUGUGUGAAGUUCCAGAAAGGGACCCCUGAUGUGGAGUUUAAGUCUGGACCCGGCACCCAGGUCACCGUGAGCGCCAAACCCUCUCCCCCCAUCGUGUCAGGCCCCACGGCCAGGGCCGCGCCUGACCAGACUGUGAGCUUCACCUGCGAGUCCCACGGCUUCUCCCCCAGAAACGUCACCCUGAAAUGGUUCAAAAACGGGAACCAGCUGCCAGCCUCCCACACCACCGUGGACCCGGAGGGAGACAGCGCUUCCUACAGCAUCUCCAGUACCACCACGCUGGAGCUGGCCCCGGGAGAUGUCCGCUCCCAGGUCAUCUGCGAGGUGGCCCAUGAGACCCUGCAGGGGGGCCCUCCUCUUCGUGGGACGGCCAACUUGUCAGACACCCUCCGAGUUCCACCCACCUUGGAGGUUGCUCAGCAACCUGUGACAGGGGACCAGGUGAAGGUCACUUGCCAAGUGAAGAAGUUCUACCCCCAGCGCCUCCAGCUGACCUGGUUGGUUAACGGAAAUGUGACUCGAACAGAAACGGCCUCGUUGGCCUUGAACCUCAUAGAGAACAAGGAUGGGACGUAUAACUGGACGAGCUGGCUCCCGGUGAAUUUAUCCGCCCACACGGAAAAUGUGGUUCUCACCUGCCAGGUGCAGCAUGACGGGCAGCCCGCGGUCACCAAAAACCAAACCCUUGUGGUAUCUGCCCACCAAAUGGACAAGGAAACACUGACAACCCAGGACCAAGAACUCUCUACUCCAAGCCUUGUGGCAUUCUGCCUGGGCCCCAAGCUGCUGUUACUCAUCACUGUCUCUGCCAUCUAUGCCCACAAGAAGCAAUGGAUUGAUUGUAUCCCAGGAGGAAAAUAGCACUGAAAACAUAGGAGAUGAGGAGAACAUUUCUGGAAUGUAACCAGACGGUGUUGAACGUUCCACGCUUGGACAGAAAAAGAAGCCUGAUUUGUGGUGCUUGUCGACUUCUGUGGUGUCUACACUCCCAAAGAGGCCAAUUUCGAGCUGCCAACAGUUGAACAACUAGCUUGCAAAAUUCCUGAAAAGCUCUCACAUGUGAGUGCAAGCCUCCUCCCACACACCAGUGAGCUCCACCCAGAACCUGCACAUCCCUGGGCUGCUCCUCAGUUCCGGCCAAGAAUAUCCCUUCCUGGGCCAUUGCCAUGUCUCUAGCAGGCUCUCCAUUUCAGCCACGGUGAUCCUAUGGAAGCCGAAGUCAUGCCUCAGUCUCUCCCUUCUUCAAGCUCUCCUCACUUGUUAUCUUAUUAAAUACACCUUCCAUGAACCACCACA